AUGUUUACGGGAAUAGUAGAACACAUGGGAGAGGUUGUAGAGAUCCAACAAUUGGAUCAUUCAGAUACUGGUGGUGAUGGUUGGUCAAUGAAAAUUGGGGACGCCGAGCCCGUACUAUCUGAUUGUAGGCUUGGCGACAGCAUUAGCAUUAAUGGUACUUGUUUAACGGUAACUGACUUUGGGACUGAAUGGUUCAAAGUUGGGCUUUCUCCUGAAACGCUUCGAAGAACCAACCUUGGUGAUUUGGUAAUCGGAAAUAAAGUAAAUCUAGAAAGAGCGCUUGCAGCCAACGUUAGAUUUGGUGGUCAUUUUGUACAAGGUCAUGUUGAUACAACAGGAGAAAUAAUUUCGAUGACUCCAGAAGGAAAUUCUCUUUGGAUCAAAAUUUCACCUUCGGAUCCUAAAUACCUUCGUUAUAUAAUCCCCAAGGGUUAUAUUUGCCUAGAUGGUACUUCAUUAACUGUUUGCGAAGUAAAUGAUGCAGAAAAUUGGUUUAAUAUUAUGUUAGUUGCAUAUACUCAAAGCCAUGUUACAAUGCCUUUGAAAAAAGUUUGUGAUAAGGUUAAUAUUGAAGUUGAUAUGUUGGGUAAAUAUGUAGAAAAAAUUGUUGAGCCUAUGCUUUUGGGGGAAACUAAUGGUGGUGGUUAUUUGGAUAAAUUAGUUACCAGCUAUUUGGAAAAAACAAUCUCCAAUAAAAACAACGUUAUUAAGAAGGAUGAAUCUUAA